AUGGUCGGGGUCACAGGCCAGGUUCAGCAGGUAGCAAGCAGCGUAGUACAGAGGGUCAGGCAGAGGGAUGGUCAGGGUCACAAGCCAGGGAUCAGAACAGGAGAAGUCAGCAGCAGUUCAGAUCAGGCAGGGUCAGCAAAGGAACAGAAACAGGAUGCAGGACAGAUACAGGGCCCAGGACAAACACAACACCAAGGCAGAGUCUGCAAGUCUGGCCAUCCCUUAAAUACACCAGUAUCAUCAGUUCCAGGUGUUAGCUGGCUGAAAGGUUGAGUCUCUGAUUGCUGGGAGCACCCGCUGGCCAGCCCUGGUACUGCAGAUCAAAAGGCAGGUGAGUCCCACCAUUGCUGGCCAGUCCAUUCCUGACAAAUACAUUAAGUCAAACCCAACCUAGCGGCCACUAAAAAGAAAUAAUGAAAGCAGA